AUGGCUGCAGAAGGCGAUGCAUCGCCGCGUCAGCCGCCACAUGUGAAUGGGUCGGGACGAAACGGGUCAGAGGGGAGCGGAUCCGCGGAAGAGGCGCCACUCGAUUCGCAGGCGUUAGAGCGGGAAGAGAAGCAAGUGUCGGGUGACAAAGCGGACACGCAAGGUUCAGGGGAAGCCGUGAAGGCAGCAGAGCGGGCAGAGCGGGGAGCAGGUGACGCUGCAGUGCGGACGGACAGUCACGGCCAGCGGCCGACGGAGGCUGCUGCUGCUGGAGCUGGCGAUGCGCACGCGGCUUCUGAGUCGCCCCGAAAGGCCGCUGCUGGCGAUGCUCAGGCAGCAAUCGAGUCGCCUCGAAAGUCCGGUAGUGCUGUCGCUGGCGCUGGUCAGGCGGUGCCUCGUGGCGGCGACGCCACGGUCAUUGCUGAAGCAGACGGUGCGGCGGGCGGCCAGGGGAUUACCGCCGAUGCUGUCAUGUCGCAGCUGGCGGACAUGCGGGGCAUGAUAGCGCGCCUCAGCCGCGAGAACGAGUCUCUGCGCGCCAUAGUGGCGCUGCAGCUCUCCCCGCAUGGGGGAAACGGCCCCUCCGCGCAUGGGGGGAACGCCCCCUCCGCGCAUGCGGGGAACGGCCCCUCCGCGCAUGGGGGGAACGGCCCUUCCGCGCAUGACAAGAACGCCCCCGUUGCGAGACAAGAGAAUGCGGGAAAGGGGGGAGCAAGUGGCGAACACAGCGGGCGUGCAACGGCGGCCGCGGGUGGAGGGGAGGGCGAGAGGGCAGGGGGUGGCGGAACGAGCGCAGAUAAAAUCGCAGCAAUGGCAACGGCGGGGGCGGGGGGGCUUAGUGCAGACGUGCUGGCGCGGAUGAUGGGCGCAGGUGCAGGGGGGGCGGGCGAGGAGGGCGCGGAGUGGGUGCGCGCACAGCAGAUGCAGAUGCUGGCGCUGCUGCCCUACCACGCCGCUGCUGCCCAGGUGAGCGCCGGGCGAGAUAAAGGUGGGAUGGGAGGGAUGGGCGACGAGGAGGCCAUGUCUCGCUGGUCCGCCCUCUUCCCCGCCCUCCCCAACCCCUUCCCCUUCCCCUCCUUCCCCACUGCGCCACCCUCCUCCUCCGCCACACCACCUGCCGCGCCCAUGAUGCCUCCGCCCUCCCCGCCCCACCCCCACGCACCCAUCGGGCCUGACAGGGGCAGCAAGGUGGGGAGGCCCGCCUCCCCCCUGCUGCCAGCGCGCUCCCACACCCCCCCUGCGCCCAUGCGCGCGCAGCCCCGCCCGUCCGCCCACACGGCCAGCCAGAGGGGGUCGCUCUCCCCCCCCGACUCCGCCUCCCAGCAGCGCUGCAGCGUGGGCCGUCCGAUCCGAUCCGUGGGAAUGGACCGCAGCGAUUCAACGAGCGAGAGGGCGGACGAGGGGCUGCAGCAGCGGCGGCGGCGGCGGCGACGGCGGGGAGGAGAUGAGGACGGGGACAGGGAAGGGGAAGCGGAGCAGAGAGGCGGGGGAGAGAGGCAGGUGAGGGACGCGAGGAGGGAAGGGGAGCUGGUAAGUGGGAUGGGCAAGGGUAGUGAAGGCGGGGGCGCGGCAGGCGGGGUGGGGGCGAGCAGGAUGGUUGGCAGUGCUGCAGUGGGUGGGCGGGGGGGUGGGCGGGGGGAAGAAGGAAGUGAGGAGGAUAAUCGGGAUGAGUGUGCUGUGGAGUCGCGCGUGCUUGGUGCUGAGGGCAGCGCCGGUGCAGGGGAGCAGCAGGGUGAGGGCGUGGGUAGCAGGACGAGGGGCAGUGGGAAGGACGAGCAGGAUGGGAAUUUGGAAAUGGGGGAGGCUGGGCUGGAAAGAUUGAUGGUUGAGCCAAGGGCGGUGGGAAGAGGAGAGGAGGAGGAGGAGGAGGAGGAGGAGGAGGAGGAGGAGGAGGAGGAGGAGGAGGAGGAGGAGGAGGAGGAGGAGGAGGAGGAGGAGGAGGAGGAGGAGGAGGAGGAGGGCGAGAGUGAGCAGAGCAUGGGGGGUGAGAGGGCAUGCAAGAGGCGGCGAGGGGAGGCGAGUAGAGGAGGCGAGGAGUGUGUGCGUGGUGUGGCGAGUGGGGGUGGAGUGGCGAGUGGGGGUGGAGUGGCAGUGGCAGAUGCCAUGGAGGUGAGUGAAGGGUGCAGAGAGCCGGAGGGAGAGUGGGGGCGGCAGAAGGAGCAGGAGAUGGUGGGGGGAGGGGAGGGAGCAGACGAGGCAGGCAGGCAGGGGGGCGGAGAGGGCGGCAGCAGCAGUGGUGGUGUUGGUGCUGGAAACCGUGCCCUGCCAAGACGCCGCCUCUGCACUGCCGCCGCUCCACCCCCUCUCAAGUGCGAUGAUGGGAGGACGGGGGCAGAGGAGGGCAUGAAGGGGGCACAGGAGGAAGUGAAGAGGGAGGCGGGGCGCAGCACAGAUGGUGCAGAGGGUGUGCAGCGAGGGGUGGUGGCCCAUGGUGCUGAUGAGUCCAGGGGAAGCCGUGAGCGCACCUCUGACCCUGCCUCCCCGCCUGCUGCUCUCCCGCCUUCUGCUGCUCAUGCCCCUCCUCCUCCUCCCACUGCUGCUUCUGCUGCUGAUGCGUCUGCAACACCUGCGUUGCCGACAUGCCAGGGUGACGAGCUGGGAUCGGGACAGCAAGGUGGGGGAGAGCGCGUGAGCGAUGCGCAAAGUGCCGAACCACAGGAGGGGGUGAUGCAGGUGCAGCAGGUUGCAGGAGGAGCAGAGACAGCGAGGCCAGCAGGCAGCACAGGCGGAGUGGCAAGGGACGAGCAGGCAGCAGCAGCUGCAGUUGAAGCAGGAAACCGGUUGCAGGCGCAAGCAGGGCCAGGGGAGGAGCAGCAGCAAGGGAUGCAAGCACAAGGGAUGCAAGCACAAGGGUCGGCUGUGGUUGAACGAGGGGUGCUGGUGUUCCAGCAUGAGUCUCAGGCCGAUGAGCCUCAUGCCCCUCCACCUGCUCUGGCUCUUCAGCUGCAGCCGCAAAUUCUAUCGGACGGGGGGCAGUGGCGCAAGUACGGGCAGAAGGUGUCCAAGGGCAACCCGUGUCCGCGCGCCUACUACCGCUGCACGGCCGCCCCGGCAUGCCCGGUGCGCAAGCAGGUGCAGCGCUGUGCGGACGACAUGGCGUUCCUCAUCGUCACCUACGAGGGCACGCACUCACACGCGCUGGCCCCGCACGCCACCGCCAUGGCCAUGCUCACCUCCUCCGCCUCCGUGGUGUCCUCUGCCGGCGCGCAUGCCCCCCUCGCCUCGCCCUCUCUCUUCGCCCCCUCCUCUGCCUCGUCCCCCGCUGCCUUCCCCACCCACCACGCGUUCCCUCCACCACCGUCGCUGAUGGGAGCAGCAGGUGGGGCCGGAACACCAGGCAGCACCACUGCCCACACGCCCACCGCUGCAGCUGCAGCGGGUGCAUUCCCCAUGGACCCGUCUCUGCUGGCGUCGCCGCUUGCCACGCCCACUCUGGCCGGCACGCCCUCGUCGCCCUUUGUGACGGCCACGGCUGCCCUGCCCACCGUCACGCUCGACCUCUCCACCUUCCCCCCCCACCACCUGGCCCAGCUAGGCCUGGGGGUGAGUGCAGGAGGGGGGGGCACAGGGGGUGGGAUGGGGGGGGGAAUGAGCAAUCCUGUGCCUGGCACUGCUGCUGGCGCUGCUCUCACUGGCUCGUCACCACCGCUUGCUCUGCCAUCCUCCCCACCGGCCCCCUCCGCCCAGGCUCCUGUGCUGACUGCACCACCAGUUGCAGCAGCAUCAGCCACACCACCCAUGCACCCACCAGCACUGCCAUUCACAGCAGCAGCACACACGCCCACAGGUGCUGCUGCUCCCACACCUGCCACCACCCCAAGUAACGCCACCACCACCCCCACUGGCGCCCCCUGGUGGUGGCCUGGCGCCCCUGCCCCCUCCCCUUCCUCCGCCCCGCGUCCCCCCACUGCCCCUCUUGCUGCUCCCUCAGCGCCCACUGCCGCCCCCGCGGGCGCAUGCGGUGCUGCGCCGUCGUCUGCAGCGUCCACGCCAUCGCCCAUCCACGGCCUGCUGCUCCCCACCCCCCUCCCUGCCUCUGCCGCCACUCCCCCUGCAUCCACCCCUGCACCCUUCUCCCCGCCCCUGCCUGCUGCUGCUGCUACUCCUCUUGCGCUCCCACCCACUCCGCCCUCUGCCGCUUACCCUGCCUCAAGUGGGCUGGCAGCAGCAGCGGAUGAGGCGCCUCCCCUCAUCCACAUUCCCCGGCGCCGCGUGGUUGGCCACUUCACACCUGAGCGCCCUGCUGCUGCUGCUGCUGGAGGUAGCGGCGCAGCAGCAGCGGCAGCAGCAGCAGCAGGGGGCAUGGAGGCGGCGCUGGCGUCACCGGCGGUGCAGAGCCGGCUGGUGGCGGAGACAGCGGAGAAGAUCACCAGCGACCCCGCCUUCAAGACCGCCCUCGCCACCUACAUCGCCUCGCUGCUCUCCACCCAGCUCUCCGCUGCCGCUGCUGCCGGCCCCACCCCCGCCGCCACCCCCACUGCUGCAGCCCCUGCUCCUCCUGCUGCCUAUGCGCCCCUGGGUGCUGAGAGCAGUGCGGGAGCGGGCACACCAGUGGCAGGUGGUGGUGCAGCCAUCCCGCAGCAGCAGGCAGCAGCAUCCGUGCAGCAGCAUCAGGCACACCAGCAGCACUCCAUGUUUCUCUCGUCGCCCUCGUUUGCCUCGUCGCUCUUCCCCGUCCUCCCUCCCUCCACUGCUGCCGCACAUGCCCCUGCCGCCUGGUCCUUCACCCCAACAGCCUCCCACUCUGCCGCGGCACCAGCAGCAGCAAACUCGACUCAAGCCAUGCCGGCAGCACAGCACCAAGGUGCUGCAGCGCUGCACCAAGCAGCGGCACCCAGCGGGCUGCUGCUGUCGCCAGGCGCCUCUGCAUCGCUGCUGCCCUCCCCCCUCGCCGCUCCCACGACCCCAGCUCCAUCCCCCCUUGGCUUCUCGCACCUCUUUCAACCGCCCUCCACCACUCCUCUCGACCUCUUCCCGCAGGUGGCGGCUGGGAAGGAUCCGUCCUGCUCGCCCGGCUUUCACUCCAACACAAACCGAUCCUGUUGA